UUAAAUCACUUGUCCUUUCUGCUUUGAAGAUAAAAGCUCUUUGAGAUCAAAGCGCUAGAUGCGGUAAAAAUAUUAUAAAUAGAAUAGCUCUUUGCCCGUUCGAAUCUGUCCAAGACAUACUUGAAGAAAAAAAUACCGUUUGUGUUGGAUAGAACUGGAAACAUUUAACUUGAAGAAAUGGCCGAGAACAUAAAUUUUAAACCAAAAGACAUUCUGUACAAUGACUCAACCAAAUACCAGAUAAAGAAGUUCCUGGGACAGGGGACUUUCGGAAAAGUGGCCAAAUGCAGAAAAUUAAGCACUCGGGAAGUGAUGGCCGUGAAGAUUACGCGGAGAGACUUGUCCUCCUAUGGCAGAAGAGAGGAGGCCAUCCUCACAGCGCUGAAAAAGCUUGAACCAGACAAACAUAAUUUGCUGAAGAUACUUGACAGUUUUAAUUAUAUGGGACAUAUUUGUAUGGUAUUUGAAAUGUUUGACAUAAGUCUUGAGGAUCUGGUGAAUAUAACGUCCCCACUGCAAUUGUCUGAGAUCAGAGUAAUGGCACAACAGAUGUUAGUGGCUCUGAAUGCCCUAAAGAGCAUACCUAUGGUACAUGCAAACAUCAAGCCAGACAACAUAAUGCUGGUUAACCAUAAGAUGCAGCCCUUCAAGCUGAAAAUGAUCAAUUUUGGCUUUGCUGAAAGGGUUGUUGCACUGAGGACAGGCUGUAAAAUUCAAAAAAAUGGUUACAGGGCCCCUGAGGUCAUUUUGGGCCUCCCACUGGGUGAGGCCAUCGAUAUGUGGGGACUUGGCUGUGUUUUAGCGUUCCUGUACCUGGGCAAGCACCUGUAUCCACUAUACUCUGAAUAUGAGGUCAUGAGAGUCAUCAUGCAGAUGAACGGUCAGCCUGAAGAUCACCUGCUAAAUGUUGGAAUUUAUUCCAAGAAAUAUUUCAUUAAGGACAAAGACUCCCCUGAUUCUCCAUGGAGAUUCAAAACAGUAGCUGAAUACAAGCUUACAAAACGUUGGGCGAUCACACCACGUAGCAGUGAUUCUGACACGUUUAACAGCUUUGAUGACUUGGCCAGACCAGUAAAGAAGACUACUAAUGAGUAUGAAGACACACGGGCCUUUUUAAGCCUCCUCAGACGCAUGCUACAUGUGGAUCCUGAAAAGAGAAUCACCCCCAGUGAAGCCUUAGGUCACCGUUUCAUCACAAUGAAACACCUUAGUUGUGACACUAACGACGACAUGUAUGUCAAAUCAGUCUGUCAGACCAUUAAAAACUGCCAGUUGGAGACGUCAUCUGUUGAAUUCGAGCCCUUUGUAACAUCAAGCGAAGAAAUUAGUUGGCAUGGACCUUCCCCUAAUAGUUCGGACAGCUCAAUUUCAACUAACAAAGAAACUGCCGAGGACACCGAUAAUGGACCACAAUGCACGGCUGCUGAAAAAAUUGACAGGACCACAGCUACAGAUGACAUGGACAAAACAUCAAAUCCUGAGGCUGAUAAGAAACCACCUGGCACAAAUGAGGCAGCUCCACCUGUCUCUCUCUUAAGUGAGAGAGGCAAAACAUCAAAUCCUGGGGCUGAUAAGAAACCACCUGGCACAAAUGAGGCAGCUCCACCUGCCUCUCUCUUACGUGAAGAAGAAACGGGCUUUGUUGAAGUCAAGUCCCGAAGGAAGUGGUUCAAGAGGAUCCGCAAAUUCUUCACCAGAAUGUUCAAAUCUUUUGAUUGCUGCACAGAGACCACUGUUAAACUUCUAACCUUAUUACAGCGAUAGCCCAGAAGCAAUAAAAUAGUUGAAGAAGAAACAGGCUUUGGUGAAGUCAGGUCCCAAAGGAAGUUGUUCAACAGGAUCUGCAAAUU